GUCACGGCGUCAGCUGGCCAAUGUUUACAUCCAGCACCGCUCACCGCGAACGUUUAUGGGAAGAAACCGAGAGAUUGAAACAACAGGAGACAAUUAACCCAAUGGCCAGCAUCAACAGACCAUAAUCAGCGUGUUUCAGGGUGUCAGACGAUUCAGCUCGGUCGACCGUGAAGCCGUCGGGGUGUUUCCCGUGACGAGUUUCUCCCCGAAACACCACCAUCCCGAUUUUCCCCGUCUUUGUCUACAUUUGAGUCUACUUUUAGCAGAGCUAACAUGGGAGGUGCGGUCAGUGCCGGGGAGGACAAUGACGAGUUGAUUGACAACCUGAAGGAGGCUCAGUACAUUCGCUCUGAUCUGGUUGAACAUGCCUUUAGGGCCAUUGACCGCGCUGACUACUAUCUGGAAGAAUUCCGUGACAGUGCCUACAAGGAUCUGGCCUGGAGACAUGGCAACAUCCACCUCUCUGCACCCUGCAUUUACUCUGAGGUGAUGGAGGCUCUAGACCUGCAGCCUGGCUUGUCCUUUCUUAAUCUGGGCAGUGGCACAGGCUACCUCAGCACCAUGGUGGGACUUAUACUGGGGCCAUUUGGUGUGAAUCAUGGUGUGGAGUUGCAUGAAGAUGUUAUAGAAUAUGCUUAUCAGAAGCUGGACUUCUUCAUCAAGACAAAUGAUAGUUUUGACAGGUUUGAGUUCUGUGAGCCUUCCUUUGUGGUGGGCAACUGUUUGGAGAUUGCGCCAGAAACCAGGCAGUAUGACAGGGUUUACUGUGGUGCAGGGGUCCAGAGGGAACAUGAAGAAUACAUGAAGAAGCUGUUGAAGGUCGGGGGUGUCUUAGUACUGCCACUGGAAGAAAAGCUCACUAAAAUAAUCCGGACAGGAUAUAACACAUGGGAGACAAGAAAGAUAAUUGCUGUGUCCUUUGCACCACUUGUGCUCCCUAAGCACAGGGAAAAUGGCAAACCGAGAGCAGUGUCCCUGCCUGCCAUGUUCGAGGUGCGGAGUCUUCAGGAUUUGGCCCGCAUCAGCAUCCGUCACAUUCUAAAGAAAUCAGGGUCUGGAUUCUUGCCGCUACCCCAGAGAACUGGACUGAAGCGAAGAAAUUACCUUAAACAGAAAAGAGAGCACCGUGACACCCCUCUUUUGACCAAUAGUUAUUUGUUCAUGAGUCGCUUGAUUCCCGGACCCAUGGACAACAACAACAACCAGUCAUCAACAGACAAUGAGGAUGAAGAUGAAGAUUGCAGAAGGGUUUGUGAACAACUAGAGGAGAAAGAAGAGAAUGAGAGGAGGAAUGAGGGCAGUGUUUUGGUGAUAGAGACUCCAGUAAACCUCUUUAGGGAGAGGAUCCUUGGCCUGCCUUUGCCAGAGCCUCUCAAGAUGUAUCUUCUUUACUACAGAGAGAAGUAGGCUUCUGCUUCUACUCUAAACUACUUACUGUACAUCUACCUAACACUGUCACAUCAAUAAUCCAUGGCUGUUUAGUGAACCACUUUGCAUUAUCCUGUUAACCUCUCUCAUAUAAUUGCACCACACUUUAUUCUGCCAAGUCUCGUUGGGUUUCAUGAUUAAUCUGGAUUCAAGGUCUAGAAUGCAAAUCAUUAAUCAUGGAAUCAAAAGACAGUGAAAACUGAUUUAUUAAGUUUCAUGUUAUUUGUGUAGUGACGUUUUCAAACUUGUUUUGUGUGUUACAUACCAUCUAGUUUCAGCUCAUAGAUUUAGUAAGUGAAAAUCUAACUAUUCUUCUGGAUUAGUAAAUUCACUAUUCACUAUGGAUUUGUAAAAAAUGCGUAAAUGUUUGCGGAAUUCCACUUAUAUUGUGUGAAAAUACAAUGGCACAUUUCAAAAUGUGACCUUCAAACAUCGGUGUUGUACAGUUUCAGGGAUUUCAAGAUGAAAGACUGAUUAUCUGAGGUGUUUUACCAAUUUGAAAUGGUCUUGGGAUUGUACCGUUUUCAGGGCCUUUGCAUUUGCUUUAUGCUAUAUAGAAUUAUAAAAGGUGAGUCUACAGUUGUGUAACAAGUUAUAAAAUUGUGCUCUGAAAUGUGGUCAUGAUCUGUUGUGCACUUUGUCCAGUGAUGUAGAAUGCACUAACUGAAAAACCUGUUUUGAAUUAUACAUUCAUUUUGUCUAAUUGACAAAAGUGUGCAUCAGAUAAUGAGGUGCCAAAUGUAUCAAUGAGUAGAGGGUUGACUUUAUGUGUAAAUGAAUUAGGAGUUUUUGAAGAACAUAAACCAAAGUAUGAUGUAUGUUUUCUGA